AUGGUUCUAGCUAUGAACAAGUUCAGAUUCGUUCACAUUCUUCUUACGGCGAUCUGCUUUUUCCCUCCCCCGAUCGCCGCAAGAGGCGGCCACUCCGACUAUAUCCGGCCAGGUGAUGGGAAUUUUAAUUUCCAUGGUGUUGCGAGGAACUUAUUUUCCCAAGUAGAGCCUCGACCGAGUGCGGAAUUAACUCGAGGAUACAUGACGAAUGAUGAUCUUGAGAAAGCAAUGAAAGGUUUCACCAAGAGAUGCAGCAAGAUCUCGAGAUUAUACAGCAUCGGAAAGAGUGUAAAUGGAUUUCCUUUGUGGGUCAUAGAGAUUUCAGACAGGCCUGGAGAGAUAGAGGCUGAACCUGCGUUCAAGUACAUUGGGAAUGUCCAUGGAGAUGAACCUGUAGGGCGUGAGCUCUUACUACGUCUUGCAAACUGGAUUUGUGAUAACUAUGGAAAGGAUCCAUUGGCUCAGAUGAUUGUAGAAAAUGUUCACCUUCACAUAUUGCCAUCAUUGAAUCCAGAUGGCUUUACAGUCAGGAGACGUAAUAAUGCAAACAAUGUGGAUCUAAAUCGUGACUUCCCUGACCAGUUCUUUCCCUUAAAUGAGGACUUGGAUUUGAGACAACCUGAAACUAGGGCAAUUAUGACGUGGCUGAGUGAUAUACGAUUCGCAGCAUCGGCUACUUUGCAUGGGGGUGCCCUGGUAGCAAAUUUUCCAUGGGAUGGUACGGAGGAUAAAAGGAAAUACUAUUAUGCAUGUCCUGAUGAUGAGACGUUCCGGUUCUUGGCACGUAUUUAUAGCAAAUCUCACCGUAAUAUGUCUUUGAGCAAAGAAUUUGAGGAAGGAAUCACAAAUGGAGCAUCCUGGUACCCAAUAUAUGGUGGUAUGCAGGACUGGAAUUACAUACAUGGAGGAUGCUUUGAAUUGACUCUGGAAAUAAGCGACAAUAAGUGGCCUAAGGCCUCAGAGCUUCCCACCAUUUGGGAGUACAAUAGAAAGAGCAUGCUGAAUCUUGUUGCAAGCUUAGUGAAGACAGGAGUUCAUGGGCGGAUCUUUUCAUUAGACCAGGGAAAGCCACUGCCUGGGCUUGUUGUUGUCAAGGGAAUCAACUAUACGGUUAAAGCCCAUCAAGCGUUUGCAGACUACCACCGCUUACUUGCACCUGGACGGAAAUAUGAAGUCACAGCAUCUUCCCCUGGAUACAAACCGAAAACAACGAGUGUUUGGUUAGGUGACGACGCUGUUAACACGGAUUUCAUCCUCAUCCCAGAAGCAAGUUCCCGAGGCAAUCUACUGAGAAGCGUCUGUGACUGUAGCGGUCAGCCGAUUCUAACGCACUUUUUCACAGAGACGAAUAACGGAAUCACGUUUGCCCUUAUCGUGGUUGUAGCGUUCCUGUGUUUUUUGUUACAAAGAAGGGUGAGAUUUAACCUCUGGAAGCAAAGACAAUCAUCUAGAAGAUCGGUAACAGUAUGA